ACGUGCACCGGCCUUUUUCUUACCUUUCCUACCCUGUCGAAAGAAGAAACGCGAUGGGACGAGGGAUUCUUCUGCUCCGCCCUUCACUCCUCCGCCCCCUUCUCCACGCCCACCUCUUCAGAAACCCUCUCCCCGCCCACAACCCUCCUCCUCUCCUUUCCCGCCAUGGAGUCCUUCCCUCGCCUCCCAAUGCCUCCCGCCCGCUUCUCCUCCCCCCCUCCCGCGCCUCCUCGGACGCUCUCCUCCUCUCCCGCCGGCCCUUCUCCUCCUCUUCGAGCCCAUCGAACAUUGUUCUCAUCGGCUCCGACGAAGCAUUGAACACCGCACUCACCAAGGUUCAGGAUGAGAAAUUGCCGGCACUUUUCUACUUCACGGCCGUGUGGUGCGGGCCUUGCAGGUUUAUAUCUCCAAUAAUUGAAGAGAUGAGUCUGAAAUUCCCACAUGUCACUACUUAUAAGAUUGACAUUGAUCUGGAGGGCCUUGGAGGCGCACUAAGCAAGCUAAGGAUUUACUCAGUGCCUACUUUUCACUUCUUUCAAAACGGUCAAAAGGCUACCGAAAUUGUUGGUGCUGAUGCCACAAAACUGAAGAACACCAUGGAAAAUCUUUACAAGAAGGACUAGAUAGAAGACACGGUGUGGGAAUGGAUGCAGUUGUCUAUUCUGAUGCAAAUUUUGGUCUGUGCUUUAUCUUUCUCGCAUCUUAUAGAGCUUGAUAAUUUUUCAGAACUGUGCUUGUAAAAGAUUCAAAAAAAAAAAUAUUUAAUUUCUCAAGAAGUUCCAUUAAGUUUUGGACAUUUAUUU